GAAUCAUGGGGGCAAUAAUAAUGGCUGUCUUUUAGCUUCCUGAUUAGAAUCUCUGAAGGUAGACUUCCUGAAGGUGAUUAAUUUUGAAUAGUUAGGUUCGCAGUUCUCAGAGCCAGUCUCGGUGCUCACAGAUCUGCUCAGUGAUUGCUUCCAGAGCUCCAGUAAAAGGGCACAAAGAAGAAACUGUGGAGGGUCUCUCCAGCAAACACAAAGUAUACUGCGAUUGGUGGCUUUGGACAUUUUUCCACCAUGCUGAUGACAUUUUAAAUAUAUUUGUCAAUUUUCCCAAAUUUUAACUGAAGAAAACCUUAAGAAUUUAUACUUGAGGACUAAAGUGUGACUGCCAGUUAUCAGACUUUCAGGAUGAAUCUGGAAAAACUCAGCAAGCCGGAACUCCUAACACUAUUCAGUAUUCUUGAAGGAGAGCUUGAAGCAAGGGACCUUGUUAUAGAAGCUUUAAAGGCCCAACACAGAGAUACUUUCAUUGAAGAACGCUAUGGAAAAUAUAACAUCAGUGAUCCUUUAAUGGCACUCCAGAGAGACUUUGAAACACUGAAGGAGAAGAAUGAUGGCGAGAAGCAGCCAGUCUGCACAAACCCGCUCUCGAUUCUUAAGGUGGUGAUGAAGCAGUGCAAGAACAUGCAGGAGCGCAUGCUGUCGCAGCUGGCCGCUGCUGAGAGCAGGCACCGCAAGGUAAUCCUAGACCUUGAGGAAGAAAGGCAAAGGCAUGCACAGGACACAGCUGAAGGAGAUGAUGUCACCUACAUGCUGGAGAAGGAAAGAGAGCGGCUGACCCAACAGUUGGAAUUUGAAAAGUCCCAAGUGAAAAAGUUUGAAAAAGAACAGAAGAAGCUGUCCAGUCAGCUGGAAGAGGAGCGCUCCCGCCACAAGCAGCUCUCCUCCAUGCUGGUGCGUGAGUGCAAGAAGGCCACCAACAAGGCUGCCGAGGAGGGCCAGAAGGCGGGAGAGCUGAGCCUGAAACUGGAGAAGGAGAAGAGCCGGGUGAGCAAGCUGGAGGAAGAACUGGCCGCUGAGAGGAAGCGGGGCUUGCAGACGGAGGCCCAGGUGGAGAAGCAGCUGUCUGAGUUUGACAUUGAAAGGGAACAACUGAGAGCAAAGCUGAACAGAGAAGAGAACCGGACCAGAACUCUAAAAGAAGAGAUGGAGAGUUUGAAGAAGAUAGUGAAGGACCUAGAGGCUUUGCACCAGCAAAGUAGUCCCAGUGAGCAAGUGAGGAAACCAGUAACCCUGUCUAAAGGCACGGCGACUGAGCCGCCCAUCCUAGUGUCUGUAUUUUGCCAAACGGAGAGUUUCCAGGCAGAAAGAACCCAUGGGAACAGCACAGCCAAGUUGACGGCCACUGGGCUGCCUGGACCCACCACUCCUGCUUACUCUUAUGCAAAAACCAAUGGACAUUUUGACCCAGAAAUGCAAGCUACCAAGGAGUUGAUUACAGGCAGCAGUGUGGAAAACCAAGUGCCUCCACGAGAGAAACCUGUGGGACUGGUCCAAGAGAAAGCAGUAGAGAAUGGUGGGUGUCCUGUGGAAUUGGAGACUCCGGUCCCAACACCUAGCCACCUCCCUUCCAGUGGGAGCUCACCAUCUCCCAGCAGCACUGCCUCUUCCUCUCUCACGUCCUCUCCUUGCUCUUCACCAGUGCUAACUAAGCGCUUAUUGGGGUCAUCAGCUAGCAGCCCUGGCUAUCAGUCAUCCUACCAAGUAGGGAUCAACCAGCGGUUCCAUGCAGCUCGGCACAAAUUUCAGUCCCAAGCAGAUCAGGACCAACAAGCCAGUGGUCUACAGAGCCCUCCAUCCAGGGAUCUGUCCCCAACCUUCAUAGACAACUCUGCUGCCAAGCAGCUGGCCCGAAACACAGUCACUCAGGUGCUCUCCAGAUUCACUAGCCAACAAGGACCAAUCAAGCCCGUGUCUCCCAACAGCUCUCCCUUUGGCACAGACUAUCGAAAUCUGGCUAACACUGCCAACCCAAGAGGUGACACCAGCCAUUCACCUACUCCAGGGAAAGUGUCCAGUCCUCUGAGCCCCCUGUCUCCAGGGAUCAAGUCCCCUACCAUCCCCAGAGCUGAAAGAGGAAACCCUCCACCCAUCCCACCCAAAAAACCUGGCCUCACUCCUUCUCCAUCUGCUACCACUCCACUGACCAAAACUCAUCUCCAGGCAUCCUCUUUGACCACCACAGAAGACCUUGCCAGCAGCUGCUCCUCUAAUGCUGUCGUAGCCAAUGGCAAGGACGUUGAGAUACUUUUGCCUACCAGUAGCUAGUCCCUAGGAGGGAGUCUCCACACUUGACAUUCCAUCAGAUUUCGUCCAGUAGCUCAGAGUCAAACCAUUGAGUCAGAUCAUGUUAUUUAUUUUGAUAGUAGCUGAAACUAUCUGUAUAAUACAUUUAGUGUAUUUCACCUUUUUGUAUUUUUUUAGGUAGCAACUAAGUACUUUGGAUUUUUAUGAUUCUUUGGGCUAAAGCUAGAAGGGCACCUCAGAGACAUCUGAGCUUUGCAAGUCUCCAUCAUGUUACGAUGGAGAAAGCUAAUUGAGUACCAGGUGGUGAUUUGCUGUCUUAUUUGGGGACUAGAAUCACUCAGCACUCAUUUUGAAUUAUGUGGAAGUGGUUCAUGCAGGUUUUUUAUUCCAGAUGAACAUGUUUAAAAAGUGCCUGAAAUUAGACUGCCAUAUGAAUGUGAUUCUGCAGCAAAAACACAAAAUGGAUCAUUUAACUGCAAAAAAAUGAGAUCCUUUGUGAAUUCUGAAUGUUAAAACCAACACUGCUUUUAAUCCUCUUUUACUGUUUUUAAUACAAGCUUUGUGUUCAGAAACAAGGCUGCAGGAGUAGAUGGGAAUCCUAAAGGUGGGUGUGAACUCACCAGAAAGCUGAGCUUUAUAGAGCCCUUGAGAAACCUUCCUGAACAUUAAGCAGUUGGGGUGCUGAUAUUCUUGUACUUUUGAAAAAUUACAUCACUCCCAGUUUCUUGCAUAAGUUCUUGAAUACAAUGAAAUCACAUCUCCUUCAAAAAUGUUUUCAGGCAUCUACUGUUGUGUGAGGAACUUGAUUCCGAUCGCUAUUACUUGAAUAGGAAAUGGUUACUCAUUCUGUAUAAAAGUUUUGCAACAGAAUGAGAUCUUUAUUCUGUAAUCAAAAAGCAAUAACUUAAAGUUCACUGUCUUUGUAAUAUUAUAAGUCAGAAUUAUACAGGUUUUAGCAAAUUGUUAUACUUAUUCUCCAAGCUGCCAGCACUUGGUGUCUGUAUCUGUAGAACCAAAUUAACUUUUGCCUAAAUGGAAGUAUACAUAUAUCUGUAUAGAUACACACCCCUUUACAUGUUUAACAUACACACACUUAAACACAUAAAUAUUAGUGUGAUUAUAUCUUUGGAGUUUGCAAUGUAGCAUAAAGGACGAGUAGAAAUGCACGUUAAGAUUACCUACCAAAGCAACUAGAUAUAGCUGGGACCCAGUCAAUCAAAGGAGGAAUCUUGUCCACGGGGAGAGAGAAAUUUCAAGUGAAAUCAGGUUUUCAGCAUCAUAGAAAGACAAGGCCAAACCAGCCCAGUGUCACAGAACUUAAUUGGUCAUAUAAAUGAGGGAAACAGGUGGGUCACUCACUCCAGUGAUAUAUGACAGCUGGGAACAGUGGGAGCUGUAGCAAACUGAAGUGCCCAAGCCCCAUUAAAAAGGGCACUCCCUGUUGAGCUUCAGCUGCUUGUUGCUAUGCAGUAAUGCUAGACCAGGGUUACCAGCUCCUGUGAUUUUUAUGAAAUCCAAGUUUUCAUGAGAAACGUUCUCAUUUUUAAAUAUCAAGAAGUGAUCAAAAAAAUUUAAAUACUGCUAGUUAAACACUUCUGCAGCUGGAUUUAGCUCACAAGCUGCCAAGUUGCUGCUUCUUUCAUUCUAGAAUCUUCUGUCAUUUCCAUCACAGCGAGUUUGUGAGGACAGAAGCCUCCAGACUUUCCAACCUGUUGGCUAGCACAGCCGACAAACUCCGUAGAGUAUAAUGACUAUCCGCUUCCAAGCAGGGCUGUCUGCAACCCAGCUCACACAUGGUGCUUACAUGAUUUUGCGUCCACAAGGAUGGAGAGGGCUUGGUGUCUCCACAUACAUUCGUCUAGCCAACAUCUAUCCAGCAGCCACUGAACUGCUAUAAUUUAAACCUAUUUCCUCUUAAUCCAACAUGAGUUGAUGGGGGAAAGGCAAGUGAUGGAAAUCAGGAUCAAUCACUAUGGAGUAUAUUGGUGUCUGCACAGCUUAUGGUGUGACUAAAGCCAAUACGUCAAAAAAUUAAAAUACUAUUAAUGUCCCAGCAUGUCUACCAAAUGAUAAAAGGGUCAUCUUAAACUUCCCAGAGCAGUCAUGCAUUAAAUUUUAUUCCCAUGCAUAGUCACAUGAACUGGAGGAUAAAAUAGCUGAACUUUCUAAACAGAAGAGGGGGCUAUAAUCCCAGAGUGUUUUUACCUCUCUUGCUUUAAAUGGUAAUCUUACAAGUUGCAUUGUGCUCUUCUUUUGUUUUGGCAUAGAUAUAUAUAGAGAGAGAUACUAUAAGGAAGUUUAUUUCUUAGGAAGUGCACUGAAUAAUGUAUUUCUUUUACCGUGUAAUAUGGGGGUGGGGAAAUGCAAAAGAAAUGUGUAUUUUUGCUAGUUGCCUAUCUUCUGAGAUAAAUAAGCACAAGACUGCAAUGGAUCCAAUAAUCCAGUUAGGUAUUAUAGAUAAGUAUUUAAGUUUGCUGUAGAUUGUGUGUGUGCUAAGUAAAAGUUCCAUGAUUCACAAUUUUGUUCUUAACCCAUGUUGCAAAAGCUAUGUUAAUGGUCAACAGAUUAGAAUGAUGUGCAACACAUAGCACAGGCAUUAACUAGUCAUUAACAUAUGUAAAGCCAAAUGUACCGUGCAGAAAUCAUCUGUUUUUAUAGCAGACUACAUUAAAACAAGUUAAAUCAUA